AUGUCACCAUCACCAAGCCAAUGCAGUCGUCGUCGCCCCGAGGCACACACUCGCAAGCCAUCACUCACGAACUCCGUCUCAAGCAAUGACUCCUCAUCAACACAAUCAACCCGUUCAUCUGGAACCAUCCGCCACAGCAGAGUCCUCGACUUCGACCCUCUCUCACUACACCCGACCUUCCAACCACCACCAGGCCGCCUCUUCGAGCGGCCCCUCAUCCACAACUCCCAGACCAUCGAGGAUGAGGUGAUCAACUCCUACUUCUCUUCUCAAGAAGCCCUGGCCGAAGAACAGGCCAAGGCGUCUUUCGCCGCCGCCAUCCCGAACAUGCCCGCACCACCCGUCGACUCACCCCGCACUCCGAUCCAGCAAGCCGAGCGCUCCCGUGAGCACGCCGCCGAGGGUGACGACUACUUCCUCUUCAAGGUCCAGCAACACAUCGCCGCCACCCGACCCCAGCUCCCAAGGUCCCACUGGUCCGAGUCGACGGUCCAGACCCUCGACAUGUCUUCGCCGGACGAGGACGACGAGGAUGCCUCCGAGGAAAGCUUCGUCGACGAGGAGAGGCCAGUACGGGAAUCCAGGUGGCAGAACUUCUCCCACAAGCGCAACUCUCCAGUAAAGCGACCCCAAAUGAAGUCCCUCGACAGCGUCGAAGACUUCCUCAAGCGCGGCGGGUGGAAGAGGCGCGGCAUCGUCUUCGAGAACGACGGCACCCGGCAAUCCGACAGCAGCUUGUUCUAA